CAGCUCGGAAAGGUUCGAAAGUAUCUGGAAAUGAAUGUUUUUUUUUUCUGUUCAGAACUUCGACGAAGUCUUUCAGGACAGCGACAGCCAUUGAUUUUCCCGGCGGCUGACCAUGACGACUACAUUUGCUCUUUCCGGGUUUAUCUACGAGACCCACUUGCAAAUGAGUGCGUCUGGAAUGGACUACUCUCUCUCCCGAACGACGACUGUCCCGUGCAUUGCGUAUGUGACCAGGAAGUUCUACUCCUUUAAUUCUCAACUUCGGCGAUGAGACUUUUGGAGAGCCAUGAACACCUGUUUAGCAUCUUGUGGAACUCUGACGCUUCUUCUCAUAGUUCUGGCAGUUCUAGGAAGCCUUCUCCCUCGACACCACCGCCGAGAUCAUUCUUUGUGGAUUGCUCUUCCUGCUACCUUGGCCCUUGAUGCAUCAAUUCCUGUGGCUACUGUAGAUGAACAUUUUGUCUGCGCAACAAUUGACUGGUGGCCGCAGGGGAAGUGCAAUUAUGGAAGUUGCAGCUGGUUCCAUUCUUCUAUACUCAACCUGGAUCUUACAAAUCGUCUGCUUGCUGAGGCUGUGACAGCGUUGGCUCCACUAUUGAUACGGCUUGGAGGGUCUUUGGAGGAUCAGAUCUUUUACGACGUUGGAAGCUCUGCCACGACGACGACUUGCAAGACUUUCACCACUCAGAACCACAGGUUCGGAUUUUCUACUGGAUGUCUCAAUAUGUCACGAUGGCAGCAACUAAAUGAAUUCUUUCAGAGAACAGGAUCGCUGGUGGCAUUCGGUCUAAACGCUUUACACGGGAAAGAACGUAUCGAUAACACGUUCCAGGGACCUUGGAACUCUAGCAAUGCGCGAGAUUUCAUAGCGUACACGGCCAGCAAAGGCUAUCCUAUCAAAGCUUGGGGGCUUGGUAAAAGUCAACUGCCUUGGAAGCUAUUAAACUGGUUUCUUUUCCUUUUCCAUGCAGGCAAUGAGCUAAGUAGUAGUUUUAGCGGAGUUACAUUGGAUUCGAGGAACUAUGCAGCAGAUGUGGACGAACUCCAACAGACAAUUGACGAAAUCUAUGGAACCGGGCAAAAGCCUGUUCUCGUAGCACCGGAUGGCUUUUUUGAUGCUUACUGGUACAGCCAAGUUUUACAGCAAACCAGAACAGAUCCAGCAUUGAGAGCUGUCAGUUUGCACGUCUACGAUCUUGGACCAGGUGAUGGCAAAAACAUUGCUGCUCGGAUACUCAACGCGGCUCACGCCGAUAGAUAUCAGCAAGUCCAGCGCGUUCUCCGCCAGUAUGGAAAUGGAGCGAAGGCUUGGGUGGGAGAAGCAGGAGGGAUUUAUAACGGUGGUCAGCACCUCGUCAGUGACGCAUUUGUCUUUAGUUUUUGGUAUGAUAAGUUUUUUUUAUGCUUCUUCUUUCCUGGCUAUUUCUUUUUCAAUUCUAGGUACUUGGACCAGCUUGGGAUGGCUGCGCUUCACAACACGGCAGUAUUCUGUCGUCAAAGUCUUAUAGGAGGUAACUACGGCCUCCUCGACUCAAACUUCAAUCCAAAUCCAGACUUUUACUCGGCGCUUCUCUGGAAGAGGCUUAUGGGCGAAGUCGUGUUAAAUGUGACAUCACAAAGUCUCAACUCGUCCAGCUUCCACACAUACGCACACUGUUUGAAAAACGCCCGGGGAGGAAUCGCUGUCCUGGUGAUCAACUUCAGCAACAACACACAGGUGGUGCUCGAUCUGGGGCUCGAGUCGCAAAAGCUGGAGUACCACUUGAGCUCGCCGGAUGGAAACGUCCAGAGCCAAAGAGUGGCUCUCAAUGGGCAAGUUUUGGAGGGCGCUAAGAGCGAACUGAAGGCCAUUGCGGUGGAGGGAUCCAACCCGAGCAAAGUAGCACCGCUCUCGAUUGCUUUCAUCACGCUCCCAGAUGCCUUCGUCCCCGCCUGUACUCUCUAAUUUCUAGAGAAAUACGAAAAUAACUCAUACUUGGACGCGAGUUUUUCA